AUGUCUGACAAGCUGACCCGUAUUGCCAUUGUCAACACUGACAAGAAAUGUCGUCAAGAGUGCAAGAAGUCGUGCCCCGUCGUCCGUACCGGUAAACUCUGCAUCGAAGUCGACAACACCUCCAAGAUCGCUUUCAUCUCCGAAAGCCUGUGUAUUGGUUGCGGUAUCUGCCCCAAGAAGUGCCCCUUCGGCGCCAUUCACAUCAUCAACUUGCCCACCAACCUUGAAAGUCAGGUCACCCACCGCUACUCGGCCAACAGCUUCAAGCUUCAUCGACUUCCCAUGCCCCGCCCCGGUCAGGUUCUUGGUCUCGUUGGAACAAACGGUAUCGGAAAGAGUACCGCCUUGAAGAUUCUUAGUGGCAAACUCAAGCCCAACCUGGGACGUUACGACAACCCGCCCGACUGGGAGGAGAUUCUGAAGUACUUCCGUGGUUCCGAGCUGCAGAACUACUUCACCAAGGUCUUGGAGGAUGACCUGAAGGCCGUCGUCAAGCCUCAAUAUGUCGACCAGAUCCCUCGCGCCGUCAAGGGUCCUGUCAAGCAGGUCAGGGAUCUCAUCUCGGCACGCAACCAAUUGGGCAACCUGGAAGAAAUUAUGGACGUUCUCGAGCUUGGAGCGGUUGCUGACCGUGAGAUUGAGCACCUGUCUGGUGGUGAACUGCAACGUUUCGCUAUUGGUCUGGUCUGUGUGCAACAGGCUGAUGUAUACAUGUUUGAUGAGCCUUCCUCUUAUCUCGAUGUCAAGCAGCGUCUGGCUGCUGCCCGUACUAUCCGUGGCCUGCUCCGCCCUGAUGACUACGUCAUUGUUGUUGAGCACGAUUUGUCUGUUCUUGAUUACCUUUCCGACUUCAUUUGCGUGCUCUACGGUCGUCCCGCCGUCUAUGGUGUUGUGACUCUGCCCUCGUCGGUCCGUGAGGGUAUCAACAUCUUCUUGGACGGUCACAUUCCCACUGAGAACUUGCGAUUCCGUGAGGACUCCCUAACUUUCCGUCUCGCUGAGGCUGGUGACGAUUUCAUUGUCGACAAGGACCGCGCUUUCGCCUACCCCGCCAUGGAGAAGACCCAGGGUAACUUCCACCUCAGCAUCGAGCCCGGUAACUUUACCGACUCUGAGAUUCUCGUCAUGAUGGGUGAGAACGGUACCGGAAAGACCACUUUCUGUAGGAUGUUGGCCGGUGCCAUCCAGCCAGACGGCACCACCAAGGUCCCCAAGAUGAACAUCAGCAUGAAGCCCCAGAAAAUCACUCCCAAGUACCAGGGUACUGUUCGCCAGCUCUUCUUCAAGCGUAUCAAGACCGCUUUCCUGUCUCCUCAGUUCCAGACCGAUGUCUACAAGCCUCUCAAGAUCGACGACUUCAUCGACCAGGAAGUCCAGAACCUGUCUGGUGGUGAAUUGCAACGUGUCGCCAUUGUCCUGGCUCUGGGUAUGCCCGCCGAUCUCUACCUGAUUGACGAGCCUUCCGCCUACCUGGACUCCGAGCAGCGUAUUAUCGCUGCCCGUGUCAUCAAGCGUUUCAUCAUGCACACCAAGAAGACUGCCUUCAUCGUCGAGCACGAUUUCAUCAUGGCCACCUACCUGGCUGACCGUGUCAUUGUCUUCGACGGACAGCCCUCCAUCGAUGCUCGCGCCAAGUCUCCCGAGUCCCUGGUCACCGGUUGCAACCGCUUCCUGAAGAGCCUGGACGUGACUUUCCGUCGUGACCCCAACAGCUACCGCCCUCGUAUCAACAAGUACAACAGUCAGAUGGACCAGGAGCAGAAGUUGGCGGGUAACUACUACUUCUUGGAGGAAGAGAACUGA